GGUUCGUAAAAAGUAUAAUGUAGAGAAUGCAAGCCAAUCUCUAAUUCUCUACACCUUCCUCUUUGCUUUCGUACGUAUUCAUCCAUAUUUUUGCUUUCAGUUGCGCCUCGGCAGUAUUUUGGAACACAUCGUCUCUCCCGUAUAAACACACCCAGAAUUAUUUUUCACCAAACACUUCUCUAUCUAUCUAAACUUUAACAAGAACAAAAAGAAAGUGUGAAUAACAAUGGCAUCCCUGACGACACGUUUCAUGGCAGGAGCCCCCAAAUUUGCUCGUUUUGCCGCAACCAGGAUUAGCGGUAGCUCCGCAGCCAAUUUCCACUCCUACAGUGCGGAGCCGUCGCAGCCCCUAAAUCGCGAACCAAAACUGUGUUCAUCCGCCCUGGAGGCGGUACAGUGCGUCAAAUCAGACAGCGUCGUAUUUGUUCAGGGAGCCGCUGCGACGCCUUUGGAACUGGUUGGCGCCCUCACGGAGCACGGUGUGAAGAAUAACCUGAAGAACAUUGAGGUUUGCCACAUGCACACCGAAGGUCCGGCUCUCUACUGCAAUCCCGAACACUCUCACAUCUUCCGCUCCAAGUCCUUCUUCAUGGGUGGCAAUGUACGCAAGGCUGUUGCCGAGGGUCGAGGGGAUUCCGUGCCCAUCUUCCUCCAUGAAAUUCCCUAUUUGUUCCACCGGAAGAUUGUUCAGCCCGAUGUUGCCCUCAUUCACGUGUCCCCACCGGAUCAGCAUGGUUACUGCUCCUUGGGAACAAGUGUAGAUUGUGUCCGGGCGGCUUUGGUGCAUUCCAAGGUGAUUGUGGCUCAGAUGAAUCCCAAAAUGCCACGUACCUUUGGUGAUGCCAUCAUUCAUCAGUCGCACUUUGACUAUGCCAUCAAUAUUGACACACCACUGCCACAGCACGGUGGGAAGGGUUCGAGUGAGGUUGAGACGAAGAUUGGGCAGCUUAUUGCGGAGAAUCUCGUUGAUGAUGGGGCAACCCUUCAAAUGGGCAUUGGCAAUAUCCCAGAUGCCGUGUUGAGUGCACUGCACAAUCACAAGGAUUUGGGAAUUCAUUCGGAAAUGUUUGCCGAUGGUGUGGUGGACCUCGUGAAGAAUGGAUGUGUUACCAAUAACAACAAAGUCAUCCACAAAGGACGUAUUGUAGGCUCCUUCCUCAUUGGUACCCAGAAGCUCUAUGACUUUGUGGACAAUAAUCCUUUUAUCGAAAUGUUGGAAAUCAACUACGUGAAUAAGGUGGGUGUGAUCUCACAGAACCCAAAGAUGACGGCCAUUAAUUCAGCAAUAGAAGUCGACCUCACUGGUCAAGUUUGUUCCGAUUCAAUUGGCACAAGGAUGUACUCUGGUUUCGGUGGGCAAGUGGACUUUAUCCGCGGUGCAGCAGAAGGUUUCGACGGCAAAGGAAAGCCCAUCAUUGCCCUUCCUUCCACCACAAACAAGGGUGAGAGUAAAAUUAGUGCCGUGACAAAGCCCGGAGCGGGGAUUGUCACGACACGUGCUCACGUUCACUACGUCGUGACGGAGUAUGGGAUUGCUCAUCUCUUCGGGAAGAGUCUCAGGCAGCGUGCAUACGCUCUCAUCCAGAUUGCCCAUCCUAAGCACCGUGAAGCCCUCGAGAAAGCAGCCUUUGAGCGCCUUAAGACGAUGCCAGUGCCCUAGAAAAGGCGCUUUUUACCACACACACGCACUGUACCGUCUGGUACCUGUAAUAUUAGCGCAUUAAUUGAUAAUCCCAGCCUUUGGUUUUGGAAGAAAAAAUCAAUCCAAACCGCGCAUCUGCACUUUAAGCUGUAUAUUUCAGGAGUGACUCUAUUAACAGAUUACAAAAUAUUUACAUUGUAAAAUAAAUGACUAGAGAAUAAACUACACACCUUUAUAAUUUCAAUUAGAGGUAAAAUAAGAUUUAUUCACUCAAAUCUAUGUUUUAUCUUACCUCAAGGAUUUGAGGUAUGUGGCAGGAGCGUACAUUUGCUACGUAUCGCCUACGAAAAAUUUGUUUUUCAUUUUAGGGCUAAAAUUUUGUAGAAAAAUAAAAUCAACUCUUUAUUGCA